GAUGGAUAGACUAGAGACUAGAGAAAAGCCUCGACAUUUUCCAUCUCAGAUGCUGCCGCAAGAUCUUAGGCAUUCCUUUAGUGGUGUGACAAGGUUACAACUGUUGAAACGUUGGCACAGGCAAAUCCCCAGAGCAUGACAACUUCAACUUUCCUGUGUUUAAAAAGAUUGAGAUGGCUUGGCCAUGUCAAGAGAAUGGACGACAACCAACCGGAUUUCGAAGCAACUUGGAGAACUUGCCCAGGGAAAGAGACCAAGAGGAAGACCAAAAUUGAGUGUGGUCUCAAUAAUUGCAUCUUGAGAAUAUGACAUGGUGCAGCCCGAGGCCCAAGCAGAGACGGUGGUUACAAGAAGAGAAAGAUCACUGUUCAACUUUAUUGACUCACACUUAAAGGAAUUGAGGUGGAGUGCAUAUGGAUUGGGAGCAGUCGCUUUUAUUGUUCUUGUGAGAAAGACAAGAUCUACCACUAAAUUCAAAAAUGUUUGCAACAUCCCGGAUCACUUUGUGGAGAAACAUUACAAGCUUCAGGGUGUGGUCAAACAGGUCACUCAAGACGGGGCUCUGCUGGUCGACCACAUACCCAUAAUGCACCUGGACAUGUUUCCUAAGGGAGACCUGCACAGUGAGCAGCAGUACCUGUGCCUUCAGCUAGCUGGCUUGUCUAUGACUCCUGAGGGUAACAAGUGGCUACACACUAACACAGUUAGGAGACACGUGUGGUUCACUUUGCUGCAGCGCGACAGCCAGGUGCUGGAUUGCCACAUUAAAGUGAAAAAGAGCUUCUGGUGGUAUCAGAGUGUGAACAAAGCCCUGGUGAGACAAGGCAUUUGUGCUGUGAAACAUUUUGAUUCACUGCCUAAGUCAGACAGCUACAACAAAUUGUUGCGACAGCUCAUCACAUUGGAGGAUGCCGCCUCCAGGAAGGGGCGAGGCUUGUGGAGAGAGGAGAGUAAAUACAGGGCCUGGAUGAGACAAAAAAGAUCUUUGUUCACUUUUCAAUGGAUAAAAGACAAAUGGCAGAAUAUUUGGAGGAAGAAAAGUCAACCUCCGUCUUAAUGUUAAAAGUUUAUAAGAUGAAGAAUCUCUGUUUCUGUUGUGCCAUACGUUAAGUUGUUGGCUUAUACACAUGAUUAGGUCAGUACCUAUGGUGUUGGAUGUCAUGAGAAAGAGCUUCAGAUGACAGAUGAGCUUCCCAUUGAAAAAAAAAAUUGUGGCUUUUGGAUUAGUAAAGCUGUCUGUCUCUGUGAUCUCUUGCACCUUGGCAGACGAACAGGACAGCAGACACAGUUCAAUGGAU